UCAGUCAGCAUCACGUGGGUGUACGUGAAGGGUGUACUUUGUGUUGCUCCGUCGCGAUAUUCACGCGCCACUUGACAGUCGUGCCGUGUUCUUAUAAUGACUGUUGUGUAUCACUGUGUUACGUAGUGGAUGUUGAUCUCAAUCUGUACGUGAGGAUUUUAUUUAAUAUCACUUGAUCCGCUGGCCUAAAAGAUGCAAACAUUCAGGCGGGAUGCGAGAGGUUUUAAGCUAAGCUAGUUAUUUAGUAUUAGAAUCUACUACGUUGGAAGUAAGGUUAACAUUGUAGUGUGUGUGUGCAAUGCUGACAAGUACUAGCUGUUGAGUGUCCGUGUGUGCGAUGGCGCGGGAAGUUCUCUUGUUUGCCAUAUUGUUGGUGGUGCUAAAUGUUGCGUGGGCGCAUUACUCUUCGACCUGGGCUGUCCACGUGCCGGGAGGGAAGGAGGCAGCCGACGAGGUCGCUGCGGCUCACGGAUUCGUGAAUCUUGGAGAGAUAUUCGAUAAUUACUUCCACUUCCAUCACAAUUCCGUGUCGCGGCGGUCGCUGUCACCAGCCGAUGACCACCAUGGCAGACUGAAGUCCGACUCCAGGGUCAGGUGGGCGAAACAACAGAAAAUACUGUCGAGAAAGAAGAGAGAUCUCAUCACAAUACCAGAAAGUUUUUCUACAGCUGAAACCAAAUCAUCAGCAGCGGUUCCUUCUCCAUCAUCAGCAACCAAAAGGGAUGCGGGGUCCAAAAGAGAGCUUCAACACACAAGGGUGAAAGGCAGGCCGCGGUCUGCUGACUAUAGACUAAUGUUCAACGACCCUAAGUGGCCUUAUAUGUGGUACUUGAACCGAGGUGGUGGAUUAGACAUGAACGUAAUGCCGGCGUGGCGGGAAGGCAUCACUGGUCGAGGUGUAGUCGUCACUAUAUUGGAUGACGGACUGGAGACGGAUCAUCCAGAUUUAAUAGCCAACUACGAUCCAAUGGCAUCAUACGACGUGAACUCGCACGACUCGGACCCGCAGCCGCGCUACGACAUGAUCGACUCCAACCGGCACGGCACGCGCUGCGCCGGCGAGGUGGCCGCAACUGCUAACAACUCGCUGUGUGCUGUCGGUGUGGCGUAUCAGGCUAGUGUUGGGGGUGUCCGCAUGUUAGACGGUGACGUCACAGAUGCGGUAGAAGCCCGGUCUCUCAGCCUUAACCCGCAGCACGUGGAUAUUUACAGUGCAUCCUGGGGACCUGAUGAUGAUGGGAAGACUGUGGACGGACCAGGGGAACUGGCUACUAGAGCUUUUAUUGAGGGUGUUACUAAGGGUCGUAACGGUAAAGGUUCCAUAUUCGUAUGGGCAUCGGGCAACGGAGGGCGAGAACAUGACAACUGUAACUGUGAUGGUUACACCAACUCAAUAUGGACCCUCUCGAUAUCCUCCGCGACGGAACGAGGCGAAGUGCCGUGGUACUCAGAAAUGUGCAGUUCGACUCUCGCGGCUACUUAUAGCAGUGGAGCUAUUAAUGAGAAACAGGUGGUAACAACAGACCUGCACCACUCGUGCACGACGGGGCACACGGGCACGUCCGCGUCCGCGCCGCUCGCGGCCGGCAUCUGCGCGCUCGCGCUGCAAGCUAACAGGGAGCUCACGUGGCGGGAUAUGCAGCACAUUGUUGUACGAACAGCACGACCAGAACGUCUGUCUCUAAACGGAGACUGGCGGACCAACGGAGUGGGUCGGAACGUCUCCCAUUCCUUUGGCUACGGGCUCCUGGACGCCGCAGGGAUGGUCCGACUCGCUCGAUCGUGGAGGACGGUACCACCGCAGAGGCGGUGUGAACUGGCUGCUCCCAGACCACAGAGGGCUGUGCCUGCUAGAUCUUCGAUUACUUUGCAGCUGGACGUAGGCGCGUGUCCCGGCGUGAACUACUUGGAGCACGUGCAGGCGCGCGUGUCGCUGUCGGCGGCGCGACGCGGGGACCUACGCAUCGCGCUCACUUCGCCCGCCGGCACAAGGGUUACCCUACUCGCACCACGGCCGCAUGACUCGUCGCGCGCCGGCUUCAACUCGUGGCCCUUCAUGUCCGUGCACAUGUGGGGAGAGUCGCCGCUCGGCGUCUGGCAGCUCGAAGUGGAGAACGGCGGACGAUAUAUGGGUCGAGCGACAUUACAAGAUUGGUCGUUAAUUUUAUACGGAACGAGCUCGCCGGCUGCUAAAAACGACCCCAUACCGUUCAGGAAUCCAAUAAUCCGUAAUAAGAGUAACGCGACGCGGCCGGUCGUCGUGCAAGCGGGCCGAAAAAAUAACAGAGGGAAAGCUAUUCCGAUAGUCCCCACGUACACGGUCGGAUUGGUGAAAAGGAAAAAGAACAAAAAUUCCAAGAAUCCGAAUAGGAACUCGCAGAAGUCGAAGCAGAGCCGGCCAGCGACACGUUCUCCCGUGGAGAGCUCGACGGCGCGGGCGACCGGCGCGCCCGACCUCAGCCUCAACCUGCGCGCCGACCUCACCGACCCGCUCGCCGACGCCCGCGAGCGCAAGAUGUCCAGCCUGUUCGAGCAAUACCCCAAAAUACAGCGGAUAUAUCCGGCGCCUCUGCAAGCGAACGCGGGCCCGCUAACCCAAUGGGAGCUAAUCUUCUACGGCACGGAGACUCCGCCGCAGGAGUACGACGCGUCGCCCGAGAGCCUCAGCCCGGCGUGGGGCAAGCCCAGCGCGGGGCCCGACGUGCCGGAGGAGGUACGACAUAACACGAUAGAUGACGACCUGGCGCUUGUUUGGCAUGAUUCACACGCGAUCCGCGAAGAGAGUCCCUCCCUGGAAGCGAGCGGCGCGCACAGCGGCUGCUCGACCCGCGCGCCGCAGCCGCCGCACCGCUGCUUAGAAUGCGCGAAGGAAUUGCACUUGUACGACGGGCGAUGCUAUACGCGUUGCCCGGACGGCACGUACGCCAGCGAAAUCCUAAUGGAGCGGUCUUCGCGACGCCGCAACCUCACCGCGCUGGAGCCGCCCGCGCUCGUCAAGCGGCAAGGUGACGUCACCAAACCGUCGGCGCUCGAGGCUCUCGACAUGGAGCCGGCCAACAGCUCGGCGCCGCGCAUCUGCCUGCCGUGCCACUACACGUGCGCCACGUGCGUCGGCCCACACAACAGCCAGUGCUCCUCCUGCCUGGACGACGCCCAACUCUACAACAAAACGGACGUCGAACCCAAAUUCUACUGCUACCCGAACACGGUACUGCCGCAGAUAUCGGACGCCGAUUGGCAUUACAAAGUGAACAUUAUCCUUUCGAUAGUCCUCGUCGUAUUCGGGACGGUCACCCUCUACGUGAUAGUGACCUGUUUGCAGAAAACUUUCUGUAGUAACCAUUAUAAUGAUAAUAUAAAAGUUGCGUACAGGGAAUUGGCGGUAGAUGACAAACUCCAGACGGCUCUGGAGAUCGAGGAUGAAAUACACAAAGCGAUUAAUAACGGAAGCGACAGUGAAUCCGAAGACGACGAUUUACGUUUAUAGCAGUUGUUAACGUUUAACCCUGCGUAUUACGAAUUAAAUACGAAUUUAAGUGAUCAAUGAAAUUACAUACAAUUUAAUAUACUCGAAGAAUUUAUAAAAAAUUAAAUUAAAUCGCCUUUUUUGUAUAAGAUUUUCGAAUUUAACGUAUUAUUAAAUCCAAAGACCUGUGGAAUUAAAUCUCUCGGUCUAUUUUUUUACUGCACUAAAACUGCUUUAACUAUCUAGGUUUUUUAAGAUAAAAUCAUGUUUACAAUGUAAAACAUCACAUUCCAAAUCGUAUAAUUUUAAGGAACUAUAUACUUUUUACUUUUUAAUUGCACAACACUUAUAACUGAACAAAUAAUUUUAUUUUAAAUAGGUGCUAUAAAUGUGAACAAAAUUUUGGUUCUAAAUUAAAUGGUUGUUCACCUGAUUCCACACCGUCCAGUUAAAUCAUAUUUCAAUUCUUCUCUUCAUUUUCCAAUUCUUUUUGUAGCAUUUAAUUGUAAAAGUUAUUUUAAUUUUUUGCGGCCCGCAGGUAAAAGGACUACCGUAAAUUUAUGUACGAAAUGUUUAAAACAUGUACUGAUGGUAUUAAUUAUCACAAGUACGUAGAGAUUUUGUUGAAAACAUAAAACGCAUUUUUAAUUACCCGGCAACUAUUCUAAAGUGUACAUUAGUCAUUUUCCCAACGGAUCACAAGUUAAAAAUGUAGUGUGAUGCAUAAUACUUAAUGAUAAUUUUGCUCAAGUGGCCAUUUAGGUAAGUAGGCUGAGCUCUGUACGGUGUAAAUAUAUUUUAUGUAUAUAAUUAAACGAGUUCCUAUUGAA